ACAGAGUUUUGGGGAGUGCAUAUAAUUAACAUAUUAGUGAAGGUGCUUAGAUAUUGAUCCUCUAUUUCGAGGUAGUUCAAAUUCACCUCUCUUGGACCUUCGGGGUUGACCUUAUCUUUUGCCUGGGUGGAGAGUUGUUGACAAGCAGCCAUGCCUAAGAGAAAGUCUCAAGAGGAUGCUGCGGCCAAAGAUGCCACCAAAGUCUCCAAGCCAGAGUCAAAGCAAGAGCCCGUCAGAAAGUCAGAGAGAUUGUCAGCGAAACUCGCUACACCCACACCCAAACCUGAGCCCAAGCCCAAGAAGGCCGUGCCCAAGAAGCCAGCAGAUGACAAGGGGGUGAAGGCAAAGAAAGGUCCUAAGGGGAAGAAGGAUGAUGGCCCCGCCCAGAAUGGAGAGACCAAGACUGAUGAGGUAACUGAAGCAGCGGAGGAGGCGACCGAGGAGAAGGCGUAAAGACGAGGGUGUGUCCCCGACUCGUCCACCUUUGACUCCAUGGCAGCAAAGCAUCUUUUUUUACUGACGAUUUUGUACCAUGCUGAAUUUUUUUUAGACUUGUGAUAGUAGAGAUGGAUAACCAGCAGCCCCUCCCCAUGUUCACACUCCUCCCCUUUGGUUUCCCUCACCUAAUGUUUUUGCUAGACUCCCCCCCUCCACCCUCCCCCCCUCCAUUCUGUAACGCCGCAUCGCUCUCAGAAGCAGAACGACAGGAUGAAGUGAUACGUUUUUAACGAACGGCUGCAGAUGUUCUUUACCUUGCCUGAAGGGGGCUGUAAACAAGACUGUUAUGUUGUUCCAACCCGUUCACAUUUGUGCUAUUCUCCACACAAGAUGAUCGUUAAUUGGCGCUCUGACUGGAAGCGAUGUUAUUAAAAUCACCGUUUCUUCUCCCCCCCCCCUGACGGCUGAGGUCAUGAUUUUAGGGAAGUGCAGUUUGAACGCAGCGCUGCAAGAAACGAGUCAAACCAAGUUCACGGCACACCAGCGGUGGCCGCCAAAGAACAUCUGCAGCUUUUAAAAUAUUUGAUUCAGCUAGUUUUUAGAAUCACUACUGAUGUACUUCGCAUAACUCUUUUUGUACGCGUGCUUGAGUGGGUGUGUUUGUGGAGCCCCGUGUUUUUUUCGACUUUGUUCACUUUGUUUCCCGUUUUUAACUUUUCUGUUCUCAACCCCUUGUCCCCUGCAGCAGAGUGACAUAGCAAUAAUGAGUGGUGCUUCUCUUCUGGAAGGCUCUAUUGGCUUUGGAUCCUCUGGGCUUCUCUGAGUUUCAUCAUGUUGGGAGAAUGUUUUGAAAUAAAAAAAAAUAAAUAAAGUUGAUGUCACACGGGA